AUGGCGGAAUCGAAGAAGAACGACAUCGUUCAUUCACCGCUCGUCACAUACGCUUCCAUGAUUUCUCUCCUCACUCUUUGUCCUCCUUUCGUAAUUCUACUAUGGUAUACAAUGACGGUUGCGGAUGGAUCAGUUUUGAACGUUUUUUAUUACUUUAGGAAUAACGGUUAUCAAGCUUUUGUUGAUUUAUGGCCUAAACCUACUCUUCUCGCGUGUGAAAUUAUCGCUGUUUAUGGUGUUUUUGAAGCCGUGCUUCAACUUCUUCUUCCUGGUAAAACUGUUUACGGUCCUAUUUCUCCCACUGGCAAUCGUCCUGUUUAUAAGGCGAAUGGUGUUGCUGCGUAUUUAGUUACAUUGGUUACUUAUGUUGCUCUUUGGUGGUUUGGGAUAUUCAACCCAACAAUCGUUUAUGAUCAUUUGGGAGAGAUAUAUUCCACACUCAUUUUUGGGAGCUUAAUCUUUUGUAUUUUCUUAUACAUAAAGGGUCAUUUGGCACCAUCUUCUUCUGAUUCUGGCUCAUCUGGGAACAUAAUCAUUGAUUUUUACUGGGGGAUGGAGCUAUAUCCACGCAUUGGAAAAUAUUUUGACAUAAAAGUUUUCACAAACUGCAGAUUUGGAAUGAUGUCGUGGGCUGUUCUUGCACUUACCUAUUGCAUAAAGCAGUAUGAAGAAAAUGGGAAAGUAGCUGACUCCAUGCUUGUAAAUACUACUCUGAUGCUGGUGUAUGUUACCAAGUUUUUCUGGUGGGAAGCUGGAUACUGGAACACAAUGGAUAUUGCACAUGAUCGAGCUGGAUUUUAUAUUUGCUGGGGCUGUUUGGUUUGGGUUCCAUCCGUGUAUACAUCUCCUGGAAUGUACCUUGUCAACCAUCCAGUAAAUCUUGGCACCCAGCUAGCACUAUUUAUUUUAGUGUCCGGCAUUCUGUGCAUAUACAUCAACUAUGAUUGUGACAGGCAAAGGCAAGAGUUUCGUAGAACAAAUGGAAAAGGCUUGGUCUGGGGAAGAGCUCCAUCAAAGAUAGAGGCCUCGUAUACUACUACUUCUGGGGAAACCAAAAAAAGCCUUCUUUUAACCUCUGGAUGGUGGGGGUUAGCACGUCAUUUUCAUUAUGUCCCCGAAAUACUAGCUGCAUUCUUCUGGACAGUCCCAGCUCUUUUCAGUCACUUUUUGCCUUACUUCUACGUGGUAUUUCUCACCAUCCUUCUUUUUGAUCGAGCCAAAAGGGAUGAUGAUCGAUGCAGAUCCAAGUAUGGCAAGUACUGGAAACUCUAUUGUGACAGGGUACCUUACAGAAUCAUUCCAGGAAUAUAUUGA